AUGUCGAUGUCCGAACUUACCAAGGAUCAGAUCUCCUCUGCCAAUACCAUUUGCUUCUAUUUGUCUGGCAUAGCACCACCGUCAUGGUGGGACAGAGCAGGCAGAGAGAUCGUGCUUGCGCUCGGUGAACUCUUUAGCCUCAAUCCGAAUGCGACUGAUGCGGAUGUCAUGGAACUCACUGGUUGGAACCAAGCCAACCUCGACUUUGUGAACUCCGAAUUGGCACCGUUGAAUGAGACUAUCCCGAUGUUCAGCAGCUGGGUCAGUGUUCUCGACCAUCCCAAAUCGACAGGUUCCAUCAUCCCAAUCUUCGUCGUCUUCACCGUUCUCUCGACCUUUGUUAUUGGACUUAGAAUCUGGUCUCGUGUCUCUAUCCUCGGCCGUGUUCAGUCUUUCGACUGGCUUGCUAUCCUUGCUUAUGUUAUCAUUGUUGCUUGGUGUGCUCUUGCUGUUUACGAGAAAGAGGCAUCUGGAAUAUUUGCCUCAUACUGCGAUAAGACCUACAAUCAGGCCAGAUUCAGUCAAGCCGCCUACUUCAUGGGAAUGGCACUCUAUCCUAUUGCUAUCCUUUCGAUUAAAUUCGCUCUUCUUCUCUUCUAUCACAACUUGUCUACCUGGAAGCCACUCAGAUUCGCCGUCUACAUCACUGCAUUCAUCAGCUUCGCCAACGCUAUGGUCGCUAUGUUCAUGUGGCUAUUCCAGUGCAACUAUCCCGAUAUCUGGAAUCAUGGUGUGGACCCAACUUUGACCUGUGCCGCCUUCGACCCACUUACUAUGGUUCUGGGAACUGGUAUUGUCAACAUCAUUACCGAUGUAGCCAUCUGGUUUAUUCCACUCCCAUUGGUCUGGAGACUCCAAUUAUAUCCUCGCGAGCGAAAUCUUGCCAUCAUUACCUUUGGUCUCGGUGCCGUCGCCUGGAUUGCCAGCAUUGUUCGUCUAGUUAUGGUCAAGCAAUACCUCCAAUAUACCAACAAUUCCACCACUCCAAUCAACGCAUGGGCCAUGGUCGAACUUAAUGUUGCUUUGAUCUGCUCUUCUGCGCCAGCCUUGCGAGCACUCCUCGUCAAGCAUACUCCAAAGUUCCUUUCUUACAGCUACCCAAGCGGACCUGGCAGCUCUGGUUCCGACUCUGCUACCAAGAUCAGCCGGGUCGAAAAGACCUUUGUUAUUUCACAGACCGAAGAGCGCUCUUCGUCUCCCGAUGAGGAUUACGUUGAGAAGGCUUAA